AUGGCUUCGCAGAAGAAGAAGAAGACAGCUUCCUUAGUUUUUUGUUUCCUUCUGUUGUUUCUUCUUCCAAUCGCCUUUUCUAAGCCAACAAGGAACUUGGAUGGAAGAGCUCCAACAGUGCAGCAGAUUAAAAACAGACAUGGGACUCGAGAGGUGAUAGUGGACAAUGGGAUUAUCAGAGUCAGUUUCUCAAGCCCUGAAGGACUUGUAACUGGGAUCAAAUACAAAGGGAUCGAUAAUGUUCUCUCUCCACAUCUCCGAGCUCGAGGGUAUUGGGACAUAAUGUGGCAAGGAGAAAACAUUCGCCAGGGCGGCUUAGAUCGAAUCGAAGGAACCAAAUUUAGAAUCAUCACUCAAACGGAAGAACAAGUGGAGAUCUCGUUCUCUAGAACAUGGGAGGGUGUUGGUUCUGAUCAUAUUCCAUUAAACGUAGACAAGAGGUAUAUCAUACGUGCAAAUACUUCAGGAUUCUACACGUAUGGAAUCUUCGAGAGACUUCCCGAGUGGCCAGAACUCGAGAUGGGUUUAAUUCGAAUCGCUUUCAAACUCAACCCAGAGAGAUUCCAUUACAUGGUGGUGGCGGAUGAUCGGCAAAGAGAAAUGCCAACGGAGGAUGACCGUGACAUCAAUCGUGGCCAUGCCAAGGCUCUUGCUUAUAAAGAGGCUGUACAAUUGACUCAUCCUCACAACUCGAUGUUCAAAAACCAGGUGGAUGACAAGUACCAGUACACAUGUGAGAUCAAAGACAACAAGGUGCACGGUUGGAUCUCACCCAAGUCCAAUGUCGGCUUUUGGAUCAUCUCACCCAGCGGCGAAUACCGCUCCGGUGGACCGAUCAAACAAGAGCUCACGUCUCACGUCGGUCCUACUGCUAUCUCGACAUUUAUAAGCGGGCAUUAUGUUGGUGCGGACAUGAAGACACAUUACGAAACUGGUGAAUCGUGGAAAAAGGUCUUGGGUCCUAUUUUUAUUUACUUGAACUCUGAUGAGCACUCUACCGGCAAUGAUCCUCGACAUCUAUUAUGGGAAGAUGCCAAACAACAGUCCGAAAAAGAAGUCAAAGCCUGGCCGUACGAUUUUGUAGCAUCCUCUGACUUUCCUACUCGUCAAGAAAGAGGAACCGUCACUGGUCGUCUCCUAGUCAACGACAGAUUCUUGACGUCGGGAGGAUCUGCAUAUGUCGGUUUAGCACCACCGGGAGAAGCUGGUUCGUGGCAGACAAAUACUAAGGGGUAUCAAUUUUGGACAAAGACUGACGAAACCGGUUACUUCACGAUUGAUAACGUUAGACCGGGAACUUACAAUCUGUAUGGAUGGGUUCCUGGUUUUAUUGGGGACUUUCGAUACCAAAACCGUGUUGACGUAGCUGCAGGUUCAGAGAUUAGUCUUGGUAGAGUUGUGUACGAGCCACCUAGGAACGGUCCGACGUUAUGGGAGAUUGGUGUACCAGAUCGAACUGCCCGAGAAUACUUUGUACCAGAGCCGUACAAGACUACAAUGAACCCAUACUUAAACCACACUGACAAGUUUAGGCAGUACGGCUUGUGGCAACGAUACACAGAGUUGUAUCCAAAUCAUGAUCUCGUCUACACAAUUGGAGCUAGUAACUAUAGCCAGGACUGGUUCUACGCUCAUGUCACAAGGAACACCGGUGAUUUAACUUACGCGCCAACGACAUGGCAGAUAAUGUUUCAGCUUCCAUACGUAAACUGGGGAGGCAGCUACACAUUGCAGUUAGCUUUAGCCUCGGCGUCACGGGCUAAUUUACAAGUUCGGAUCAAUAACCAAAACUCGUGGCCGUUGUUCUCAACAGGUAAUAUUGGAAAAGACAAUGCUAUAGCAAGACACGGAAUCCAUGGAAUCUACCGGCUUUAUAGCAUCAGUGUGCCUGGAAGGUUGCUAAAAACUGGAACCAACACGAUUUAUCUUCGACAAGCUAAAGCACAAGGACCAUUUGAAGGUCUUAUGUAUGAUUACAUUCGUCUAGAAGAGCCUUCUAGAGAUUAG